AUGUGGAUACCAACAUCACCGCUAGCACUGCUGCUGGCCGCCACGGGCUUCUCCGCCGUCAAGGCGGUGGACACCCUGGUGGAUCUCGGCUACGCCAAGUUUCAAGGCGCCGUGACUGACCCGGAUCUCGGCGUCAGCAUGUGGAAGGGCAUCCAGUUUGCUGCUCCACCAGUCGGCAAGCUCAGGUUUGCCGCCCCGGCCGACCCCGUGCAGACUGGCAUCGUCGACGCCACGCGCCACGGACCCAUCUGCCCACCCCAGCAGCCGACCGACUGGACCGUCACGGGCAACCACACGCGAUUCACGACCGACGAGGACUGCCUCUACCUGGCCGUGGCGGCACCCACCAACGCCACCAAGAGCUCCAAGCUCCCCGUCGUGGUCCUCCUCCAGGGCGGUGGCUUCGCAUCCAACUCGAGCCCGAACUGGAACGGCAGGGAGAUUGUAUCCGACGGCCAGGUGGUCGUGGUCACUUUCAACUACCGCGUCGGCAUGUACGGCUUCCUGCACGCGCGCGAGCUGGCGGCGGGCGGCGGCACGUUCAACGCCGGCAUCAAGGACAUGAUCAAGGCGCUUGAGUGGGUCCAGACCAACAUUGCCGCGUUCGGAGGAGACCCGGACCAUGUGGUGAUCGACGGCGUCAGCGCCGGUGGUGCGGCGGUGGGCCUGCUCAUGGCCGCCAACAUCCCCGGGGACAAGGAGCUCUUCGUCGGCGGCAUCUCCGAGUCGGGCCCCUGGGUCACCAUGCGCAACCUGGAGCAGGGCCAGGAGAUGUACGACUGCCUCGUCGAGGAGAAGAACUGCAAGGGCUCCAGCGACACGCUCGAGUGCCUGCGCGCGCUGGACCAGGCCGCGAUCCGGUCGUCCAAGUGCUGGUUCAACCCCAACAUCGACGGCGAGCUCUUCAGCGACAGCCUGGCCGACAUGUUCAGCCAGGGCAGGUACCGCAAGGUGCCGACCAUCUGGGGCACGUGCGCCGACGAGGGCACCAAGAGCGUGGACAAGGCCACCAACACGACGGCCGACUGCCGCAAGGCCUUCCUGCAGCAGGACCCGACGCUCUCCAACUCGUCGCUCGACGUGCUGCAGAGGCUCUACGUCGACGUGCCGCAGCCCGUGUUCCCGGGCGCCGGCCCAAAGUGGCGCCAGCUCUCCAACGCGCACGGCGACUACGGCAACCACUGCCCGAACCGCAACCUGCAGGACUACCUGUCGCGCGACGGCUCCGUGACCUGGAACUACCGGUACAACGUGCUGGACCCGGACGACGUGGCGGCGGGCUUCGGCGCCUGGCACACGGUCAACACGCACGCCUUCUGGGGCCUCAGCCGCGACAACAGCGCCCCCAAGUCGUACGCCACCACCAACAAGCCGGCCGUCUCGCUGACUCGCAAGUACUGGGUGUCCUUCAUCCGGCACCUGGACCCCAACCGGGACAGAGAGGCCGGCGCCGCCGAGUGGACCCCGUACUCGGCGGCCGGGCGCGAGAGGAUCCACAUCCAGACCAACAACACGCGCAUGGAGAAGAUGAGCGACGCCCACGCCCUGCGCUGCGACGUCAUCCGGCCCAUGUUUUUGAACCUGGCCAAGCCGGCCGAGAAGGGCACCGUCACCUACCUGGAUGCCCACCUGGCGGCCAAGGUUGUCAACGCGAGCGAGUCGACCGACUUGAAGAAGAAGCGGAGUGUUAGGUAUGGAAAGGCAUUCUAG